AACCAGAGAGAGGAAAAAGAAAAAAAAAAAAAAGGAGAAGUAUCUAUUUCAGCAGCCUGCAACUGAGAGAAAAAGUGGAAGAGGAGCCCAGAGAGAAGACGACGUCUCGCUUGUCUGGGAGGCUUCCAGGAGACUCCAUCCAAGCGCAGUCCCUCAUACAGCAGUGGAUGGGAAAUGCCACGCUCCUUCCUGGUGAAGAGCAAGAAGGCUCACACCUACCACCGGCACCGCUGCCUGGAGGAUGACCUGCCUGUGCUCACCUGGCAGCCUGGGACCUCUGCCUUCACUGCCACAGGAGACAAGACACCAGAGGACAUCCAGAAACAGGAUCUGGAAUGUGUGGUUCUAAAACAAGAAAAGGACCCUCCUGACCUGAAGGAAGAGAGUGUCCCUGUCCAGUACCUCAGCAGGAUGCUGCAAGGUCCUUCAGCUCAAGAGGUGGCCAUCCCAGGCCUGCAGGUCAAGGACUGCACCGACACAGCAAGCACCCCUACCUUCUACAAACCUGGCUUUUCCUGGGACCCCUACCACCUGCCCUACAACUACAGGCAGAUGUCCUCCAGCAUGCAGUCAGCCCUCUUGGAGCACCCAGUUAGCCUGUACGGAAGCCACCUGCUGCCAAGCACUGACCCCCCCCUGGACUACAGCAUGCAUUACUCCUCAGACAUGGACACCUACCACUGUGUGAAGUGCAACAAGGUGUUCUCCACUCCCCAUGGCCUGGAGGUGCACGUCCGAAGGUCGCACAGUGGGACCCGGCCCUUUGCCUGCGACGUGUGCGGCAAAACCUUCGGCCACGCCGUCAGCCUGGAGCAGCACACCAACAUCCACUCCCAGGAAAGAAGCUUUGAGUGCAAGAUGUGUGGGAAGACCUUCAAACGUUCCUCCACCCUCUCCACUCACCUCCUGAUCCACUCAGACACGCGGCCCUACCCCUGCCAGUACUGUGGCAAACGCUUCCACCAGAAGUCAGACAUGAAGAAGCACACCUACAUCCACACUGGGGAGAAGCCUCACAAAUGCCAGGUGUGUGGCAAAGCCUUCAGCCAGAGCUCCAACCUCAUCACUCACAGCCGCAAGCACACUGGCUUCAAGCCCUUCAGCUGCGAGCUCUGUGCCAAGGGCUUCCAGCGCAAGGUGGACCUGCGGAGGCACCGAGAGACCCAGCACAGCCUCAAGUGAGGGACAGCUCCAGGUCCUUGCUGCAGCUCCCACUGCCAGUGCAUGCUCCAAGCAAGGAGACCCUCUCCAGCACCUCCAUCCAGCAUGGUGCUGCCCACUUCAUAAAGCUCCUGCAGCCUCCC